AUGUACCGAUGUGAAGCUGUUAUCACUGCCCCAGCGUCGGAUCCAUAUAGGACGUCUGACUACAACGUUAGUGUAACAGUAAGAUAUGCCCCUCUGGAAAUAACUUUGACAGCAGUUGUGAGGCUCAAUCAGACUAUAGUUCUGACUUGCCAGGCAGAUGCUCUUCCAUCGCCUCGAUAUCUGUGGAUGCUAAAUGGAAAAAAUCAGACCAAAGCUGUUUAUAACACUUUAAAGCUAACGAAUGUACAAGUAAAUGAUGCAGGAAAUUACACCUGCCUAGCAGAAAACUUUUUUUGGACACAAAAACACAACAAGAGUUGUCAACAUGCCCCUGCCGUUCAGUCAUUGACUACUGGAACUCCUAAAAACACUGUAGUUCAAGGACCAACCGUGACGGUUACGUGCAGUGCAAAUGGUUAUCCUGCAUCAACGAUCACCAUUAAAAGAAAUGAAACUGUUAUCAAUAAUGUGGGGAGAUUUGUAAUACCCAACAUACAGCUCAACGAAGAAUAUACCAUAUACACAUGUGAGCCGAACAAUACUACAGGAACAGGCGCUAAGAAAGAAUUGAAGAUUACAGUGCAAGUUCCACCGACCAUUUGUGGAAAACUUCCAGAUUCCAAAAAUGUAAAAAAGGAAGAUGAAGCAGUUUCGUACCUGUGUGGAGCUGGAGGCAAACCGGCACCAAACAUUACCUGGAAAUUUAAAGGAAAGUAUCUUAUCGAUAAACCACCAUUCGAUAUCUCCACCACAGUGCUUGUAUCGUCCGAUAAGCUUAGGACGACUCAGUCAGUUCUCACCAUUGAACAAUUAACUUGGAGAGAAAGUGGUACUUUUUCUUGUCUUGCAUUCAACGAUGCUGGUCAAGCGAUACAAUCUACAGAACUCGAAGUCGAGUAUCGACCAGUUGUUCAGUCUAUGGCAGAUCACCCUAAAAACCUCACCGUGGAUGAGGGAGCAAAUGCAACUUUCACUUGUAAAACAAAGGGUUAUCCAUCUACCCAAGCUCACAUGUGGCAGUUUAAUGGAAGCAGAAUUUCAGGAGCUUCCAGCUCAGGUUGUCAUGCAGCAACGUUCACAAAACCUUACGUGAAAAAAACUGACGCUGGGUGGUAUUCUUGCACUGGCCGGAACAUUCUGGGAGAAGGUCCUCAUCCUGCAUGGGCAUAUUUAACACGCGCCCAAAGAUGAAGAUAUUCGGCUCCACAGUCACAGUGAUACCUGGUAAUAAAGGGGACAAUGUGACCUUAAUUUGUACUUUCAGUGGCAACCCGCGUCCUCGUGCAUCAUGGAAAAGACAACUUAAUGGAACGGAUCUGAGUGUAAAAAAUGAUUCUUACGUGCAAAAUAUCUCUCAGAUGAACGACACUUCCACCAUGAAAGUGACAGUCAACAACACGGGUGAAUAUUUCCAUUGUGUGGCUUCAAAUCUUCUUGGAAGUGACAACUUGAGAUAUACGAUACGAAGAAGAGGUGUCUAUGAUCCUCCACGCGAUGUGAAACUCUUGGCUUUUAAAGUAGUUGGUGCUAAAACUGUGAAUUUGAACGUGACUUGGACACUUGGAUACAGUGGAGGAUAUGAACAAACAUUUACAAUUUAUUUUCGUGUGAAAGGAAGCGACAGUGACUUUGAGGAGCAAUAUGUUGGACGCUCAGAAAACCACAUGUACACCAUACAAGGACUUAACCCUAAGACCAACAAUGAAUUUACUGUUCAGGCUUCAAAUAUAGAUGGCAAAAGUCAAAAA